AAUAACGCCUCCCGGCUUGACUUUAUCUCCCUGAGCGUCGGCUCCGAUUGCAAACGGGGGAUAAUAAUAGUACCCGCCUCCUAAUUGUGAGGAUUAGAGAGGAAGCUGGCUAAGGAUUUAGCAGGAGGGCCGGAAUAUAAUGAAUCCAACACGUGUGAGCUGUUUAUUACUUUUAGGUUUCCGGUAAUUUUCCUCAAAUAGAAUCAGGAAUGUACAAGGUGCGAUCUUUGGGGUAAAUGACCAGUAACUGAAGAAGGACAAGAAGUCAAUGAAACACCCUUUGAAAGUCGCCUCAUACAGUAACGGGAUAUCUAUAAAAGUUUAGAGAAGUCACGAUGAAUGUACACCUGAGGCUGGAAUACUACAUUUCCCAGAAGUCUCUAAGAGCCUACAACUCCCAAGGGCCCCUUGGCCGCUGACGUCUCCCGGAAGCGAGCACGUGCGGGCAGCCAGCAUACGUCAUGGCGGCCAGACGCCUCUUCGGAGCUGCCCGGACCUGGGCCGGCUGGCCGGCGCGGCAGCUCCCGGAUCCCGCCGAUUCAGGAAGACUCCUUGUACGGGAUUAUGCCAAGAAAGCGGUCGUUAAGGGGGGUCGAGGCGGCAAAGGCGCGGUCAGCGAGGCCCUGAAGGACCCGGAGGUGUGCACGGACCCGGUGCGGCUCAGCACGCACGCCAUGGGCGUCAACAUCUACAAGGACGGGCCCGACGUGGCGCUCAGGCCGGACGCCGAGUACCCCGAGUGGCUGUUCCAGAUGAACUUGGGCCCCCCCAAGACGCUGGAGGAGCUGGACCCCGAGACCCGCGAGUACUGGCGGCUGCUGCGCAAGCACAACAUCUGGCGCCACAACCGGCUCAGCAAGAACCAGAAGUUCUAGAGGGCGGGUCGCCCGAGCCCAGGCCGCGAGGACCCCGAGGGACCCCCGAGGGCGCGGCUCCCACCAUCCCGCCCCCGAGGGAGACUGUCUUUCCGGGAGAAACAGCCUUUUCCAUGAACGGAGCCUCCCCCGGCUCCCGUGUGCGCCCCUCAGCGAGGCUGGAUCAGGGCCGGGCUGGGGGGGGAUAAAGACCCCGGGCCGGUCCUUGGGGGGGGUGGUCUGACAGCGCCCGGAGGGGGAGGGACGCCAGCGGGGAGGGGCCCCAGCUGCCACCCCCUGCUGAGCCUCUGCGGGCCAUCCUCACCUCCAGGCAGAACUGGAUUUCUUGUCUGGAUUCUUGAAUUCUUCGCCCUGUGCAACGGGCCCCACCUCAGUCCUCGAGGGCCGGAUUUUUCUAGCCAAGCCUCUGGGUUGCCAGGGGAUCAACCCCACGCAGGCCACCCGAAGCCGAAGAGCAUGAGCUUCAGGAACUGAGAUGUCCGGGAGUGGCUUUGGCUUCAGGCAGGGGUGGAUCCAGGUGCUUCAGUAUCCGGAUAUGUGUCUCUGUCUAUCUCUGAGUCCUUUCAGCCUCCAGUGGGUAGUUCUCCCCGGCAGAGUUGACUCCAUCCUAACCCAUUUCAGCAAGGACUUUCCUUCCUGUGAAGGUCACGGGGCUUUCUCCAGGGGCAGUCACUUGAGCCCAGGCAGCUGGGCUGUGGGUCAUCCUCCCGUCCAUCUGUAGUGGUCGCACUGGUGCUCGGGUCUCAGCUGUCGUGUUGUGCGCCCGCCACCACCCACCCCCCUCGAAACACAUCCUGGCGUCUGCAUUGGGCACCGAGAAUCUGGCCACACACAGCCCAGGGGAGAAGCGCGGCUCCCGCAGCCCCACCUCCUGCCCGGCCUGGCUGCGAGGGCGGGUGUGCGGGGGUCGCAGGGCUGAGGCCUGAGCCCGCGGACUGGAGGGUUGGUGGAGGCCGGCCCGUCACGUUGGGUCUGCAGGCCCCGCCCUCUCCCGGGUAGGCUCCGCCCCCAUGGCCAUGGCCCCACCCUCUCUGGGUAGGCCCCGCCCCACAGCUGUGGCCCCGCCCUCCACGCCCGUCUGUCUUCUGGCUGGACCAGUGGGGUGGGGGCCUUGCGGCUAAUGCCGCCGGGUCCCGAGAAAACGGGAGCCUCAUCCGCUUAGGACUCUGCCGAGCGGAUUACUGCCCACCUGCUCUGCCUGGUGACCUGCCCUGGGCCGGCAGACAGUCCCAACCCUCCCACGGCUCCCCGUGGCUCUCGGGAGGGGCCAGAGAUGUAACAACCAUGGGGCCAGGCCCGACCUGCCCCGUCCCCUCCCUGCCCUCUCUCCUCCCUCUGCUCCAGCCACGGGGACCUCCUCGCUGUUCCUCCCAGACGCCAGGCCCGGGCCUGCCCCAGGGCCUUUACACAGGCUGUGCCCUCUGCCUGGGUCGCUCCUCCCCCAGGUGUCCCCAUGGCUCCCUCCUUCCUCUCCAGGUCUCUGCUCUGGGGUCACUUUGUCCACGAGGCGUCCCCUGACCGCCUAUUAAAUUGCAGCCCUGCACGA